UCCUGUACGCUGAGCAGUUAGUUUAUAAAGCUGUAAUGUAUAGAUUUUUUUUUAAAAAAAUAUUUUAAUAGCCCACCACAAUUUUGAUAUUUAGAGGUCUUCAAGGGUCAAUUCAAGUUGGGGAGGAGUCGAUACUCUCCAACCACCUCAGAAUCCCUGAAUUUCGCACCUUGGCUGGAAGAACUUGUAAUGGCUUGUACUGAACGGGAAGUGGCACUGAGGCGAAAGCUGGACACUAAGACAUUUUCCUUAAAACUAGUGAGGAUGAACAUAGUGCGGCUUUGAUUCUGGAGUGUGCUACUAAAGUGACCGUGGAUGACUUCCAAGGUGGACGAUGGAGGACUUCAAGAAGACGUACCUUCGACUGUGUAAGGAAAAUGAUCUGGAGCCGCAGGAAGCUGUUCUCAACCAGCUCCAUGAUGUUCGGGCCUCAAGUGGCAGUUGCAAGCUGGACCUUGCAACGCAGAGUCUCUCUGUUGACACCUGUGCUGUGCUCAGCAAAGUCCUCCAUGAUGAUAUUUUGUUUACCGAGCUCAUUCUGAGUGACUGUAUGCUCAGCGAGGAAGGUGUUAAACUGCUGGCGCAUGGACUCUGCUCAAACACAACUGUGAAAACUCUGGACUUGAAGGGUAAUAACAUCCGAGCAGCAGGAACAGAGGCCCUUGGAAAAUUACUACUACAUAAUAAGUCACUUAAGUGCUUGACUUUAGAGUGGAAUGCACUGGGGAUAUCGGAAGAGUCCUUCUCUCUUUUUUGUGAGGGCUUGGGUUCAAAUCAAGUUCUUAAACGGCUAGAUCUCCGAAACAACCAAAUUAACCACCAGGGAGCUGGAGAUUUGGCGUUGGCACUUAAGAGGAAUCAUACGCUCCAAGGGCUCGAUAUUCGCUGGAAUAACAUUGGACUUCUAGGAGGACGUUCAUUACUAGAAGCUCUGCAGCAGAACAAGACCCUCUUUGAACUAGAGAUGGCCGGAAACAACAUCGCCAGCGAUACACUUAAAGCAGUCGAGCAAUCUAUUCGCCACAACUCUGAACGUCAGUGUGUAGUUAAGGAGAGCCAAAGCAGGACACAUGUGCUCAGCCGGGAGAUUCAAAGUUUGAAAGAUGAAAAAGGAAAACAAUUCUUGAAUCUAAUGGAAAUCAUUGAUAAACAGCGAGAUGACAUGAGCAGGAGUAGCAGAACAUGUGCAGCACGGGUUGGCCAGCUUCAAGAAGCCCUGAAUGAAAGAAGUUCUGCUGUGAAUUCUCUCCGAGCAAAGCUGCAGAUGACUGAGGCUGCCUUGGCUUUGUCAGAGCAAAAGUCUCAUGACCUCAGUGAGAUCAUCAGCAGAGUAAAACAAGAAAAAUCUGAACAAAAAGAGCGCCACUCAAGAGACAUAAAAAAAGAACAGGAGGAUGCAAUCCUAAGAGAAGGAAAGCUUAUGAGAGAUCAGCACGUGGCAAAUGAGAAGAAUCUUCAGCUAAAAAGCAAGGUUGAUGAAUUGGAGCGAAGGUGUAAAAGCCAGCAGGAUCAGAUCUUUAAUCUGAAACAAGAACUGACCAAUACCACCACUGAGCUCAAAUUGCGCCUGGCCCAGGCUGAAGAACGUUUGGAAACUGAAAAGAAAAGAUCUAAACAAGUGCUGGAGGAUUUAGAGCAUUUACACCAGAAAGAGGUGGAUCACCUAAAUCGACAUCUGGAAGACAGCGAAAGAUCCCUGCAAGAGAGGAUUCUAAAAUUGGAAAGUGUCCGAAUCCAGCUUGAAGAAGAGCUUUCUCGAGUCAAAGCACUUUCCGUUACCGAGCGUGCUCAAGCAGAAGAAGAACUUCAGAAAGUGAGGAGCCAGGCUCGAAUGGAGGAGCAACAAAAAUCAAGUCAUCUUGAGGAGAAGCUGCGCCUCCUAACACAGUCUAGAGACGAGUCACAGAUUUACUGCACACAGCAAAAACAGACAAUUGGUGAACUGCAGGCCAAAAACAACAAUCUGUUAGUGGAGAUAGAAGGACUGAAACGAAGGCUGGAAGAUCUCCUACAGGACUUGAGUGGAAAGGAGCAAGAGAAAGUGGCUGAGGUGAACAAGGUGCGAGUGGAGCUUCAGGAGCAGAUUGGUCACUUGGAGGCAGAGAGGACCGCACAGAGUGGACUGAAGGAGAAGAUUGCCUCUUUGGAAAGAGAAAUGAAAGUACAAACCAGUAAUCACCGGGAGGCAUUGUUGGAUAAGGAGAGUGAAAUUAACUCUCUUUUGGAAAAGCUAAGACUUAAAGAUGCUGAAAUCUUGAGGAUGAGGGAGGAUGAAGCUCAGAGGGCGAGCUUUCUACAGAAUGCAAUUCUUUCGUAUGUACAAGGAUCACCUCUGGGCAGCUGUGCCCUGAAAAAAUAAUAUUUUGUAUGAAUUGUUCCACUUCAGGGGUAUGCAGUAUCACAAUCGGCACGGUUUUCAUUUCUAAUUUUUGUAUUUCACUCUUAGCAAUAAUGUUUUAUGAAAUACUCUCGGAUCACAAGAUAUCAACAGAUCACUUCAAGAAGAAGUGAAAAGGGAAAAAUGAGCUAAGCACGUUUAAAAGGGGGCCGUUGUUGCUAGUAUGCACUACCUGACCUGUGUUUCCAAGUUCAGAACAGAUCUUUCUAAGAUUUAAACAGCCUUCUGCUGUAAAGCAGUGUGAUGUACACAGUCAGUGCCAAAACCUUUUCUGGUUGUGGAUUUUAUUGACCCCCACGUGUGCAGUAAUUUCUUUAAUACCACAUUAAUGCUCUUCGAGUGUGUUAUACUUCAGAAAUUUCCUGCAAAUAACAAUGGCCAUUUUAACAAAAGUGCCUGUUAUCUAGGGGUCUUGUAAAAUAUAUUACUGCUUUUCAGUUUGAGUGGAGAACCACAUAGACUCCCAUUCCUAAAAGUUAAUUCCACAUUUUCCCUUUGUUGUUCUCCUUGAACGUAAUGGGGUGCAUAUUAAUGUUUUUUUUUCUUCAAAUCAACACAAGUAAAAUUUUAUUUUAACUACAUUAACCAUAAUGAAGGAAAAGUUAACUCGACUGAAUCUGAUGUAGGGUGUCAAAACAAGGAACGGACAUUUGACCCUCCACACAUACGCAAACAGACCCCAACGGUUUCUACAUUGAAACGGUGGUCUGAGCUGUCUGCACGGAAAUGAAGCCCAGUAAGUCCAUCGCCUCCUUGGAUGGCUUCUUUGCAGUGCACAGUACCGUAAGGUUACUGUCAGGGAGAAGCAGAGUGUUCCCCAGGUGCUUGUGUGUGUGAUGCUGAGAUUUUGAAGCCCUGCUAAUAUUUUAGGUAAUGGCAGCGCCACCUUGUGGCCUCUUAACAUGUUGUCUCUCUGCCUGAAGUCUUGUACAUUUCCACAACUACAAUCAAGUGAAUGUCCGAAGGAUGAUAUUUUAUUAUUAUAUUAUGAACAAGACCAUCAUAAGACUCUUAAGAGCACAAACCCCUCAUAAUGCAUUUAAAGUAACCAAAUAAAAACAGAAAUGGUUUACCCCCCUACAGUUGCUGAUGGGUACUUACAUUGGAACAAUUAGGCUGUUUUAAAAAUCAUUGUGCUCUGAUCUUUAAUUCUCUUCUCCAAUAUGACUUUAAUCUUUUACAACAAAUUAGAUAUCAUGAUUUGCUGUUUCACAUCUUUUUGUUUUUAAUGAAAUGAUUGGCAAGGUGUGCACAGUGCAAAUGCUUGUGAUUUACACGCUGCAGAAGGCAGAUUGUGUUAUUGCAUACAUUUUGUACCUUUCUAUAUUUGAAUUUUUUUUUUACAUUUUAUAUAAAAUGUUUUCUAAUUUAUCAAUAAACACAUUUUAAU